CUUCCUGAGCUACUGAAGGGAUCCUGCGAUUAAAUGCAGACACAGUCGUGGACUGAGUAUUGAACCCAGGGCAGUUCUGAACACCAGCAAUUGGACUAACCCACUCUCAUGUUUUGCAGGGUCAGGCUUGUCAGUCGCUUACCUACGUGGAGCCCUGGCACCAAUCACAAGCUGUGGAAGCUGGGCUGCUUCCUGCCUCAGUGCCCAAAGUUGAGCUGUAGAGGAACCAAGAUGUCUGCAGAUCAGAGUCGGAAAGCUGAGACCUGGGAUAAAUGCACCUUGCAAGAGCUGAAGGUGCCCUUUGCCAGGACUGAAAUUGGGACCUUUUUCCAAGAGCAACCCAGGAUUGGAAACCAGUACCUAGAAGAUGCUUUUCUUCAGCGUUACUUGAAAACACACCUGCCAUUCCAGGUGCUGGAGAAGGUGAGUCUGGAUCUGGAGAGGUUUGGGGCUCGUGUGGCGGCCGAGAUUGACUCUCUGGGGCGUGAGUGCGAGUUGAAUCCUCCUGCACUGCAGCACUAUGAUGCUUGGGGGCGGCGUGUGGACCACAUUGUCACUUGCCCAGCCUGGAAGAGGAUGAAGGAGAUUGCAGCGGAGGAGGGGCUGAUCGCUGAGGCCUACGAGAGGAAAUACUCCAUCUGGAGCCGUGUGCAACAGGUUGCCAAGCUGUACCUAUAUGCACCUUCUGCUGGCCUCUUCACCUGCCCGCUGGCCAUGACUGAUGGAGCAGCUAAAGUCAUUGAGUCUCUGGGUAUUUCCGGGCCCCUAGCGAAAGCUUUUGGCCACCUGACAUCACGCGACCCCAAGAAGUUCUGGACCUCUGGCCAGUGGAUGACGGAACGCAAAGGAGGCUCUGAUGUCGCUAGUGGCACAGAGUCAGUGGCCAGAGAGCAGCCAGAUGGCACAUAUUGCCUCUACGGCUUUAAAUGGUUUACAUCAGCCACUGAUUCAGACAUGACGCUGACCCUGGCAAGGAUCAUGGAUGCUCAGGGACGUGUAGAACAGGGCUCCAGAGGCCUGUCCCUGUUCUUCUUGGAGGUGCGAGAUAAGGAGGGGAAGCUGAAUGGCAUUGAGGUGCAAAGGCUAAAGGAGAAGCUGGGGACAAGGCAGGUGCCGACAGCUGAGCUGCUGCUGGAUGGAUCCAAGGCACAUCGGAUCUCUGCAGAGGGUCGGGGUGUGGCCUCCAUUGCCAACAUGUUGACCAUAACUAGGAUCCACAAUGUCAUCUCUGCAGUGGCUGGCAUGAGGAGGGUGAUUAACCUGGCCAGAGAGUAUGCCAGCAAGCGGGUCGUCUUUGGGAAGCUCAUCAAGGACCAUCCCUUGCACAUGCAAACCAUGGCCCGCCUGGAGGUGGAAACUCGAGGGGCCUUUCUCAUGCUCAUGGAGAUAGCCAGGCUGCUGGGAUUAGAGGAGACCAAGAUGGCCAGUGAGCAGGACCUGCAUCUUCUCAGGCUGUUGACGCCAGUCGCUAAGCUCUACACUGGGAAACAGGCGAUUGCUGUCAUUUCUGAGGGACUGGAGUGUUUUGGAGGGCAGGGCUACAUGGAAGACACAGGCUUGCCAGUCGCACUGCGAGAUGCCCAGGUGCUGACCAUCUGGGAGGGAACAACAAAUAUCCUCUCACUUGAUGUGCUGCGCUCUCUCACCAAAAGCCAAGGCCAGGUUCUAGAUGCAUUCUGCUCUGGAGUGCAGGGGAAGUUGGAGCUGGCUUCCAGCAUUUCAGAACUGGAAUCUUCUGUACAACUACUCCAGGAUGCUCUCCAUAGGCUUGGCCAGUUCACUCAAAGAGUUGGCUCAACGGGGGCAGUUGCGAUGGAGCUAGCAGCAAGAGACUUUGCCUACACUCUGGCAAGGAUCUACACAGGGGCUCUCUUACUCGAACACGCAGCCCAGCCUGACGCCACCUCCACAGACACUUACACAGCUCAGAGGUGGUGCAAACAGGAUCUCUGCCCAGUAGACUCAGAAGAAAAAGCUGGCUGUUAUGAUGACAAGGCAGCUUCCAUGGAUACCUACUUGGUUUAUGAGGGAAGCCCAGUUUUGAAAGGAAAGCUAUGA